UAUUCAUAAUAAUUUAGUGAUAAAAAUGUCAUAUUUCAUCUGUGGUCAUUGAUGUUAAAAAAGAGAGUCAUUUAGUUAAAAAUAUUUUCUAUACAGUCAGCAUUAGUUUUUCUGUAUCUUAUUUUGAAGGUGUAAUCUGUGUUCACAAUGCAUUGUGGGAAGCAGAAGCUACAGUCAGUUGGGAAAAAACGUUGUACAGAAAGCCUGCUUAUCCGUGUUUAAACUUCAUCUCCUGUGCCCUGAAUCUUUAUAUACACCAUCGAAAGCAAUGACUUUUCACUCAGCACUUUCAUCGAGCUAUUCAAGCCACAAUUGUAAAAGAUUGUAAGCUGUCGAGAAGACCGUAAUAAAGGAGUAAGACGCUCAGUUUCCUGGCUCAUGAAAAAUUAGUUUGGCUUGCUGUUGACCUGCGUUAACAUACACGGUGUAUCCAACACGUAGCGAUAACAGUACAGUGAAAAGUCACGUCAGCAGUUGGUGGAAGAUAAAGUUUAUGCCACAGCUAUGGAUGCCCACGGGGAGAAGGCAGAAGAAAUGGCUAACUCAGGAGACAAAGCAUCAUCAGAAGCUAGCUCCCAAUCCAAAUACUCUGGCUCCAAGCGCUCAUCUUCCAAGUUGUCCUCAAGGUCCAGUGUAUUAGAAGCAGCCAUCUUUGCAAGAGCUUCUGCUGAAGCUACAAACACCAAAGCCUUGUACAGUAAGAGACAACUGGAAAUUAAAAAGCAGCAAGCAAACCUGGAAAUGGAUUUACAGAUGUUAGAGAUAGAAAAAAAAGCUGUAGCCGCUAAGGUAAAAGCAGAGGUCCUGGAAGCUGCCGCAGCUGUCGAACAAGAAAAAGGAGAAAGUUUAAAAAGUUCAGUCCCACCACAAGUUACCAGACAGAGAACUAUGGAGUAUGUGCAACAUCAAAGCCAGCUAAAGUCACACCCGGCUGAAGAAGCAACACCUCAAGUCAAACUGACAGCAAAGGCACCAUCAUUCACUCCAAGGGAGCCAACCUGCUCUCCACCUGUACUCUCAAAAAUGUACACAGAGGAGGAAACUUUUGGCCCACCAAGAGAGUAUGUUGAACCGAAAAGUCACCAUGCUCCUCACAAUAGUGAUACACCUAUGGCUGACUUUGCUAAGUUCCUUGCACGCAGAGAGUUAAUCACAACAGGGCUCUUUAAGUUUGAUGACAACCCCGAAAAUUUUAGAGCAUGGCAGUCUUCAUUCUUAAAUGCAACUGGAGGCAUUGAUCUUACAUACAGCCAGCAGUUAGAUCUCCUAGUCAAAUGGCUCGGUAAAGAGUCCUCAGAGCAUGUUAAAAGAAUCCGGGCUGUUUAUACCAGUAGCCCCAAAGCUGCCUUCCAGUUGUCAUGGGAUAGGCUGGAGGAGUGUUAUGCUACACCUGAAGUAGUAGAGAAUGCCCUGUUUAAAAAACUGGACGGUUUUCCUCGCCUUACAAAUAGAGACAAUGUUAAACUUAGGGAACUGGGAGAUUUGCUCCUAGAGCUGCAGGUCACUAAAGACGAAGCCUACCUCCCAGGCCUUGCUUACCUUGACUCGCCACGCGGGGUUAAGCCCAUAGUGGAAAAGCUGCCUCCAAGCUUACAAGAUAUAUGGCUCCACACUGGUUCAAAAUACAAACAGAAUUAUAAUGUGAUGUUCCCUCCAUUCUCAUACUUUGUAAAGUUUGUCCAAGAGGAGGCAAAAGCGAGAAACGAUCCAAGUUUUGUGUCGUGCAGCAGCCAACCCCUCAACAAAGGUGAGAGACCACCAUUCAAACAAACUAGCUACAAAUCACCUCUAACUGUAAAUAGAACAGAGGUUGAUACAAGUGCUUCUGCUAGUAUCAGAGAGGAUGAUCUAACACGUUAUUGUCCAGUCCACAAGAAAACGCAUCCUCUAGCCAAAUGUAGAGCUUUCCGGAUCAAACCACUACAAGAAAGACGAAACAUACUCAAAGAACACAAACGAUGUUUUUGCUGUUGUUAUCCCAUGCACACAAUAAAGGACUGCGACCUGAAGGUCAAGUGUGAGGAGUGCCAAAGUGAAAAACAUUGCUCUGCCAUGCACCCUGACACGGGUCAAAUACCCCAGACAGAAAAUGCACCUGAACCAGAGCCUCAGCCCCAUGACAACACUCUACCCAAGGUAACGUCACGGUGCACUGAGAUCUGUGGUGAAGGCUGUCCUCCGCGUUCUUGCUCCAAGGUGUGUCUAGUUCGAGUUUUCCCUAAAGGUCAACCAGAACGGUCUGUUAAGAUGGACGCCAUUCUUGAUGAUCAGAGCAAUUGCUCGCUGGCACGUCCUGAAUUCUUUGAGCUAUUUGGAAUCAAGGGUAGCCCUCUGAAAUACCAUAUGUGAACGUGUGCUGGUUUAACUCAAAUGCUCGGCAGGAAAGCAGUGGGGUUCCAGAUUGAG